AUGAACGACCCAGGCUUAGAUCCUGCCAUCGCCGAAACAGCCAACGAAGUCGAGCAUCGUGACCAAGACGGCCACAAGGACGAUGGCCAAUACGUGCACUGGUCAUCACCACACAGAGAGCUCACCCAAUAUCUGGAACCGACAAGAUGGUGGUAUGCCAAUACCGAGAUUCCUCUGAUUGCGGCCACCUUUGGUCCCAUGGCCAAUGCAUUUAGUGUCUGUUCCCUGGCACAGAAGUGGAGGGAGAUUGUUAGUGAUGGAGAACCGCCCUAUGGUGGGCAGCCCGUUGGUGAUCCGGGGUGGGAGGUUGCGAUCAACGCUGUAUCGCUUGCGGCGGCAUUAUUUGCGAACUUUUGUUUGUUGUUGACCAUGGCACAGAAAAUGUCGUUCAACAUGGCGCUUCCUAUUGUCAUCGUGGGAUGGUACGUUGCAUCGAUACUGCUGGUGAUUAUCGUUGUCAUAGUCGGCCAUGACACGGACUCAGCGGUAAACGCAAGCCAGGGUAUGCAGAUGACCGAAGCUUAUUACUAUGCAUGCAUUGCUGCUGGUCUCUACUUCACCAUCGCCAGUUUACUGAUAGUUACCGUGUACGGAGCGAUAAAGGGCCACUAUAGCCGACAAUUCCACCUAAGUCAGAGUCAGAGAACGUUAAUGAUUCAAAACAUUGGGUUUUUAGUCUAUCUGCUUGCAGGAGCGGCGGUUUAUUCACGCAUCGAAGGCUGGCGAUUUAACGACGCCGUGUGGUGGGCAGACUUCACCAUUCUGACUAUCGGCAUUGGGUAUCCAUCUCCAUCGACGCACCUAGGCCGUGGCUUGUUGUUCCCGUACGCAUUUGGUGGUAUCUUGAUCAUCGGUGUUGUUAUUGGGUCUAUCAGAUCACUUGUUCUAGAAAGAGGCAAAAACAAAAUGAGCAGUCGUUUGCUUGAGAAGACGCGCAGAACAUUCACCAAAGCAAUGACUGGUACCGGACAGAAUGGUGAUUCUAGAGCUUUCAAAAUCUUUCCGGUAAUGGACGGUGAUGUCGAAGAUAAAAGGGAACUUGCAAAACGUGAAUUUUUUGCAAUGCGUAAAGUCAGACAUUUGUCUCAUAUGGAGCAUCGAUGGCUUUCCCUGCUGAUUUCUGGAAGUGCUGUGGGAACUUUGUGGUUCAUCGGAGCGUUGAUAUUUCAACAUGCCGAAGCGACGCAGCAGUGGUCAUACUUUGAAGCAUUGUAUUACACAUACACCAGUCUGCUCACCAUCGGCUAUGGCGAUAUAUACAAUAUAUCGAACUGGGGCCGAGCCUUCUUUGUCUUCUGGUCUCUCCUUGCUGUUCCAGCAAUGACGGUGUUUAUUUCAAACCUGGGAGACACUUUCAUCCGCCAGUUUAAAGAUUUUGCAAACUUCAUCGGUGAAUUGACGGUUCUUCCUAGCGACAUGGGAUACCGCGAACGAUUCAGACAAUUCUUCAGCGCCGAAAUAUGGCCCUUUACCGCGAAGAAGCCCGACUUCAAGAGAAAGUCAGCCAGCAAGAAUCCUAAUAAGGAUGCCACCCAGGCCAUGGAACGCGCUGAAUCAGCACUUGAAGAAGAACAACUCAAAGAAGAGCAUGCUGCACACCGACGGGGCGACGUGGUUGCUGAGAACAUCCAUCACCAUCAGUACCUACUGAUGCGCGAAUUACGUGAAAUGUUCAAAUGGGUCAAUGCCAGCCCCGCUAAGGAAUUUGACUAUGACGAAUGGGUUUACUUUUUGAAAUUGCUAGAUGAAGACAGUUCAGUGGAGGACAUGAAGCGCCUCAACGACGGCAACAGUCAAAAUGAGGGAAAGGAAGAGACGAAAUGGAGCUGGAUCAGUCACCGAAGUCCGCUGUUAGGUGACAAGUCGGAGGCGGAGUGGUUACUGGAGGCAUUGGCCAAUAAACUUGAAAAAGAGUUGAGGAAGUUGAGUGAUGAGUAUCGGCAGCAGGACGACAGGGAGUCGGACGACAACAAGUUUGAAGGAUCUAGCAAGCAAAAAUAA